AUGCGACCUGUCUUCAUCGCGAUGGCGAGAGCAACCCGUUCGAGUGCUCGUUUGGCCUCGACUGCCACGAAGCCAUCAGACACCCCGAGUGCUACCAAUGGCGCAACAAAAAAGGGUCGGUCUGUGAAGCAGACUUCGUCGGACAAGGAGAAUACGCCUCAGCCAGAGAAAAGGAAACGGACAACAAGCAAAGCUGCAAGCUCAACACCGGCCAAAAAGGUCAAGACGGAGGAUGCGGACCACACGGCGUCCCCGGAUUUCGCCAACGUACCAGCCCUGACACCACUCAAGAAGGAACACGUCAAAUCUGAAAGCCCAGACACUAAAGCAAAAGUCCAAAAGUCUCCUGCAGACUUAAAGUCCAAAAAGCUCAAGGCCUACUCUCAAUACGUUGACAAGUCACCCUUUCCUGACUUCCCGCACCCGACACCGGACGAGUGCAAAUUGGCCCACCGCAUUCUGGCCAAACUGCACGGAAAACGAGAACGCCCUGCCGAAGUCAAGGCAUCUUCAACCCGCGCCGGCUGCGGAGACUCGCCGUCCGUCCUCGAUGCGCUGGUCAGGACCAUCCUGAGCCAGAACACGAGCGACACAAACUCCACCCGCGCCAAGAGGAGCAUGGACGACGUCUACGGUGGCAGCGACGAGUGGGAGAAGAUUGUCGAGGGCGGGAUCCCCAAGCUGCAGGAAGCCAUCAAGUGCGGUGGGCUGAGCCAAGUCAAGAGCAAGGUCAUUGUCGGCAUCCUGAACCAGGUCAAGGAGAAGUACGGCUCGUAUUCUCUCGAUCAUCUCUUCAAUGUCAGCAAUGAAGACGCGAUGCAGGAGCUCAUUAGCUUUCAGGGCGUCGGCCCGAAGACUGCUAGUUGCGUUCUUCUCUUUUGUCUGCAGAGGGAGUCGUUCGCAGUGGAUACCCAUGUGUGGAGAAUCACCGGUCUCAUGGGGUGGCGGCCGAAGAGCGCCUCGCGGGACGAAACCCACGCACAUCUCGAUGUUAGAAUCCCAGAUGAAGACAAGUAUGGGCUUCACAUCCUGCUUGUAAAGCACGGCAAGGUAUGCAGCGAGUGCAAAGCUGGUGGUAAGAGUGUUGGAAAAUGCGAGUUGAGAAAGGCUUUCCGCCAUGAAAAGAUCAAAAGUGAAGAAGGGAAGACUUCCGAUCUCAAAGUAGAGGCAGAGCCUUGA